AAAAAUUAAUCAUAAAUUUUUAAGAAGUUAUAAAAAGAAAAAUACAAACAAUAUUAUAUUUGAAUAAAAAGGAAUAGCAACAAUGAAAUCUAAAGCUAAUAGAUAAGGAACUGGAAUGAACGAAGUUCAUAAAAAUAUAGUCCACACUGAAACUAUAACAAAGGAAAUGAAAUUUUGCGAUAAAAAUUAAAUGGAACAUUUCCAACUCAACCCUCAUAACAUGUUUAUACUUGCUGAAAAGCCUAAUUAUGUAAUUCCUCAAGACUUCAAGAGAUAAAAGGGUAUAUAAAAUUAAAAAAAGUCAGAUGCAAAUGAGAUUUUCGGUAAUCAUUUUACCGAAGAUCCUGUAGAGGAAGCUUUCUCAAAUGAAAAACUAGAUAAAACAUUAAAAACAGUUACUUUGGUUCCAAGGUAAAAGUAUGAUUUACCUUAAACAAGAAACCAAGAAAUAGGAUGGUUCACAAAUUAACUGCAUGUUUAAAAACCUACUAAAAACCACUCAAUCUAAAAAUGCGAAAUUACUAAAUUCGUAGAUGACUACUACGAGAUGACUAAAAUAAAUCCUUUCAAAUUAAGAUGAAUUCUAUAUUAAAUAAUUACUAUUUAUCUUUGCUUAAUAUGUUCAUAUAAAUUUUAUAUUGUAAGUUAAAAGAGUUUUAUAUAAAAGAGCUUUUAGAGGUUUUCUCAACUCCACACUCACUCUAAAAACAA